CCAAGGUGUCGAAUGGGUCGUGUUGUUUGAGACGUGCCUUCUAUCUAAAGACAUCAUGCAGGUGGUGAGAGUGCGUGUUCCUCUAGCUAGACCGCUAGUCAGAUUCACGCUGAAGAGGGCUAUACGUAUGAUGCCGUCAGUUUUAUUACUCAUGUUCGUUUUCUCUUUAAUUUUCGUGACACUGAUGCAAAUAGCAGUGAUCCAUGCCAACAGAAGAGCUCACUACAUUCAUAGACACGAAUUGAACUUAACGUCGCCUUUGACAUCCCAGCCACAAUCUCAUCAACAGACUGAGGUUAGAAAACCACAGAUUCCUGUAGUAGCCCGAGUGACUAAGCCUCUAACAAAGAAGCCGGAAACAUUAAGAGUUGAGGCACUAUUGGAUCGAAAUGCUCCUUCGGUCGAAACUAAUAUUCUAUUAUUACAAAGUCGGGUAAAUACGGCACGCUUGAAACAGGUCUUGAGAUCUGUCAGAACGUUAGGAAACAACGCAACAACGCGUGGAAGUGCAAUAGUGUCAACAAUGUCAAGAAAACCAUUAUGUCCUGCUGUGCCCACAGGUUUAUUAGGUAGGAUAAAAGUUGACUUGAGGCCUCGCCUACUCUCUCAAAUUCAAAAAAUAACUAAAUUGAACAUUCCAUUAAAAGAAGGAGAGUUAAAAACACCAAUAAACUGCACAUCUAGGCAUCGCGUUGCUGUUAUCAUCCCCUUCAGGGAUCGUCUUGUUCAUCUUGCCAUUCUUCUAUAUACUCUUCACCCUAUUUUACAACGUCAGUUACUGGAAUAUAAAGUUUACGUUAUAGAACAGUACGGGGAAGAUACUUUUAAUAAAGGUGUUUUAAUGAAUGCCGGAGUUAAAGAAGCUCUUAGAGAAUUCGACUUCCACUGUUUUGUCUUCCAUGACGUUGAUCUCAUUCCUGAAGAUGACAGAAACUUUUACAGUUGUCCAGAACAUCCGCGUCACAUGUCUGUCGCCGUUGAUAAGUUUAAUUACACGUAA